AUGGCCAAGUCUUCGUUGAAAUCGAUUGUGCUUCCCUGUCUGGCGUUCAGUGCACACCUUGCCAGUGUUGCACUAGCUGCUCCCACUCAGGAACAUGAGAAACGAGCAUCUUGGCCGUACGGGCCCUUUGUGACCGACGGUCGUGACAUCAAGGACACCAAUGGCGACACCGUUGUGUAUGCCGGUGCCAACUGGCCUGGUGCCGCGGAUGUCAUGAUUCCAGAGGGCCUCCAGUUUCAGUCAAUCGAAACCAUUGUCUCCAAAAUCAAGAGUCUGGGCAUGAACUCUAUACGGCUGACCUACGCCAUUGAGCUCAUCGACCAAAUCUACGAAAACGAUGGAGUGGAUAUCAGUAUUGAGACGGCAUUGACGAACGCCCUCGGCGCCAGCAACGGUACCACAGUCCUGGAGCAAAUCAUUACCAAUAACCCAUCCUUCACGGCCGAUACGACGAGACUCGAAGUUUUUGAUGCCAUUGCAGCCGAAUGUGCUACCCAAGAGAUAUACAUACACCUCGACAACCACAUGUCGAAAGGCGAAUGGUGCUGCAGCACAGAUGACGGAAACGCCUGGUUCGGAGACACAUACUUUUCCGUGGCCAAUUGGACGCGAGGUCUUUCGUACAUGGCGGAACAUGGCAGCUCGUGGACCGCACUCGUCUCCAUGUCGCUGCGCAACGAGCUCCGAACUCCAGACGACAAUACGACGCUCGCGGAUGACUCGUACAACUGGGAAGACUGGUACAAGUACACCAAGGAGGGUGCAGCUGCCAUCAACUCGAACAAUGCCGACGUUCUCAUCUUCUUGUCGGGGCUGGAUUUCGAUACCUGGUUGACUCCCGUGGUCCAGGGGACGGCGCUGACGCCGGGCGACGGGGCAUUUACCUUGGCUGAUUUCGACGGCUACACGGACAAGCUGGUGCUUGAGCUUCACAACUAUGCCAACUCUGCGACCGACUGCUCUGGUUUGCAAAGCAGUCUGCUAACAGACGGAUUCCAGGCCUUGAACGCCAGCGAUGCGGAGACGGUCAACGUGUUCCCCGUGGCACUGACCGAAUUUGGCUUUGCACAAGAUGCGACAACAUGGGAGGGAGUUUAUGCCACGUGCAUUGCGGACUUUCUUGAGGCAGAAAAGACAAGUUGGUUCAUCUGGGUCCUAGCUGGUAGCUACUACAUUAGAAGCGGAACGCAAGAUUAUGACGAGACUUGGGGGCUCCUGACGCAUGACUGGUCAACUUGGAGGAGCCAGGAGUACAUCGAUGGUGGAUUGGUCCCAUUGAUUGAGGCUACGGCUUCGCCUUGA